GCUCUCCGACCUCUCCUUCUCCGCUCACCUCAAGCCCUCUACCACUCCUACGAACACAAUGAACCGCCUCCCUACCGCGAACCAGAGUCUGCCAUCCUCUCCGCCGCACUCACACACGUUCCAAGCCACGGCUUCACCCAACACGCACUCACCCUCGGAGCAAAAGAUGCCAGCUAUCUCGACAUCUCCGCCAACCUUUUCCCCAAAGGCGUCUUCGACCUCAUCAAAUACCACCUCGUCACGCAGCGACUCGGUCUAAAGGAUCGCAUACAAUUCCAUGACGAGAAUAUGGGAGUAGGGCGUAAAGUCCGGAGUCUCAUCUUAGAACGACUACGCGCCAAUGCCGACGCUGGGCUAGUGGGACGCUGGCAGGAAGCUUUAGCCAUCAUGUCGUUGGCGGAGAAUAUCCCUCCGUCUCUACGGGAGUUGGGAUUGCUGGCUGAUGAGAUCUGGUUUUUGUCCGGCGAUACGGCGGUAGACACGUCAUGGUAUACCAAGCGCGCUUCCUUGUCGGGGGUAUAUGCGGCGGCGGAGGUAUAUCAGACGACGGAUCAAUCGACGGAGUUUAGGGAUACGGAACAGUUUGUUGAUCGGAGGUUGGAGGAGGUCAGGGUGAUGGGGAGUGCGGUGGCGGGGACGUUGCGAUUUCUGAACUUUGAGGCCGGGACGUCUGUGAAUCUUUUGAGGAGUAAGGGGGUGAGGAUAUGA